UGUCAAAUUGACCAACCGCUACAAUCGGAAUCGCGAACUUUGAUGUUGACGAGUUGUCUAUUUUAUGCAAAUUUGUAUAGUAAUACAAAAAAAUUAAUACAGCUUAAUUAAACCAUUGCUAAUAAACUUUUAAAGAGAACACGUGUCAAAUAUUUGUGAGUUAAAAAUUGAACUCUGUUCGAAAUCAUGUCAUUGUUUGGAUCACCAGCCACGACUUCCGCAGGAACGUUCGGCACUGCUACGCCUUCUACAGGCUUUUCGUUUGGCGGAACGGGAGAUAAUAAAUCAGUAUUUGGAUCAGCAAACACGGGCUUUUCUUUUGGUAGUGGUGAUGCGGCUAAGCCCACUUUUGGAGCAGCAGCAACUACUGAGAAUAAACCAUUCAGCUUUAACAAUCCAACCAGCAAUGCACCAGCAUUUGGGGCCAGCUCUUCAUUUUCAUUUGGAUCAGCAGCUAAAACCACAGCACCCACUUCAUCAUUAUUCGGUUCUCCUAGUACAACAACUGCAGCACCGGCCUUUGGAGCGAGCAAGCCUCUAGGAGGCUUUGGUGGGUUCUCUUCCCCGCCCAACCAAACAGUUGGGAGCCCUGGCUUCGGCCAAGCUGCACAGACUGGAGCACAAAGCUCACCGUUCGGCGGAGCCACGCAGACACCCGCCUUAGGACAAGCCGCACAGCCCCAAGGGUUAACAUUCGGCUCGCCGGCGAACGCGAACAAGCCGGCCAGUGCGUUCGCCUUCGCCACGCCCACGUCAGGCUUCUCCGCGCCUCAACCGGCCGCGACAACCGCGCAGGCUCCUAGUUUCGGCGCCGCCACGCCGGCGGGAGGCUUCGGCAGUUUCGCUACCACUACUGCUGCACCACAGGCAGCGGCGACAAUUGCCUCUGGUUUCGGCUUCGGCCAGACUUCGAGUCCAGCCCCGGGCCUCGGCCCGGCCCAGCCCGCGUCGGGCGCGGCCGCGGGCCUGAGCUUCAGCUCCACCUUCGGAAAACCUGCUACAACACAACCUGGAACAGGUUUAGGUUUCUCUGCACCACAAGCCACCCAAGCUUCGAGCCUCAGUUUCGGUACCACUCCAGUGACAACUCAAGCAACGGGACUUGCUUUCGGAACAGCACCAUCAACUCAAGGAACUGGACUGAGCUUUGGAGCCACGCCAGCAUCUACUCAAGCAACUGGGCUUAGUUUUGGAACAACACCCGCCUCGACAGGCACUGGCCUCAGUUUUGGAACAACUACUGCCGCUACUCCAGGAACUGGGCUCAGUUUUGGAACAACACCAGCAUCAACACAAGGAACCGGUCUUAGUUUUGGUGCAACUCCAGCUUCGACACCAGCGACUGGGCUUAGUUUUGGAGCGCCAGCUUCCACCGGUACUGGGCUUAGUUUUGGAACAACUCCAGCCUCAAGUGGGACUGGACUUUCUUUUGGAGCUGCAUCUACAGCUCAAACAACGGCAGGCCUCGGUUUUGGAUCGACUUCAACGGCGGCGACGACGGCCGGGCUCAGUUUUGGAACGACGUCGACCGCGGCCACUUCAGCAGCGACCGGGCUCGGUUUUGGGACUGCGACUAGUAGUGCACUUGGUUUCGGGAAAACACCUGCUAGUACUGCUGCGACUACUGCCGCUUCGAGCUUCCAGCUUGGUAAACCGGCCACAACCAGCGCUGGUGGAUUCAGUCUCACCUCGACAGCCAGCACACAACCUUCGUCCGCGGCAUCUACGACAGCACCGUCCGGCAUAACAGCGUUAGGAAAAACCACCGCAGCCACCACCAUGCCGUCUCUACUCCCUGUGACGACUACAGCAGCUGCGCCACCCCAGCCAAUCACCUCGAUCACCUUCGCGCAGCUCGAAGAGAACAUCAACAAGUGGACGCUAGAACUGGAAGAACAGGAGAAGACGUUCAUCAACCAGGCUACUCAGAUUAAUGCGUGGGACCGGCUACUUAUUGCUAAUGGAGAAAAGAUAGUAGAAGUAAACGACACCGUGCAAGCCGUGAAGAACGAGCAGCAGAGUCUGGAGUUGGAGCUCGACUUCGUGCUGGCGCAGCAGAAGGAGCUCGAGGAGCUGCUCGCGCCGCUCGAGCAGCAGCUGCUCGGCUCCGGCGACCGGCCGCGGGACCCCGAGCGGGAGCAGAUGUACAACUUAGCCGAAAAUCUAGACUCGCAGCUGAAGACAAUGUCGCAAGACUUGAAGGAAGUUAUAGAACACCUCAACGAGACCAAUAGAAGCCAAGACAGUAAUGAUCCAAUCGGUCAAAUAGGGCGCAUUCUAAACGCACACAUGUCGUCUAUGCAAUGGAUAGACAACUCCAUCGCUCAAAUAUCGACCAAACUGGACCAGCUGAAAGCCACCCACGACACGCUGAGGCGGGACAACGAAAGAUCAUUUCAUCUAGCUUAUAACUAAAUUAGUUCAACAUUUGUUGCUAGGCUUUCUAUUAAAAUAAAAACAUUAAGUACGUGAAUACUGAGAAAAUAUAAACAAGCUUCUUUUAAGUAUAGUAUGGAGCGUACCUAGUACAAUAUAACGAACGCCAAAUACAAAUGUAAUGCAGUCGACGGCAACAAAACUGCAUUUUGCAGUCGGUCAGAACUAAUUCCAGCAGCAUGAUUAAAAUUAAACCACAUCUACUUACCAUUGAUUUUUUUUCUCUCGUUAAUAACAAAAGUGCAUUUCAAAUUAAAAUCAUUACUGAAAAUUGGAGAACCGAAGAUUUGAGAUUCAUAAUUGUAUUAUAAAAACUAAGAACAUUUUCGAUCAUUGUUAUAUAAAAGUAAAAGAAUUUGCAAUGUC